CCCUUAAACUCCCACCCCACGCCCUUGUCUGAGACUGAGUAAUUGGGAAAUGAUAGCAAAAAAAAAAAAAGGAUCUGGUUUAUUUAGGGUGCAUAAUAUUCCUUCCAUUUCUAUGCUAAAGUUUUCAACUUCUUGAAGAAUCUAUCUUCUCAAUUCCCUUCUCCACCCCACACCACGCACCCUCUAUAUAUCUAUGUGUGUAUGUAUCUUUCUCUGUCUAUAUACCUCCCUUUAUGCUAGUUCGUCCAACCGACUAGUACAUUCCCUAGUGUAGUGACUGUAAAGUCAUAUGCACACAGAGAUUUGCACCAAAACACAGGUAGAUUGCUAAGAAUAUGAGUUCUGUAACUCAAAAUUCAGAGCCUGAAACCAGUUCAAAUUCAUCCUCGUCCUUGUCACCGUCUCCCGGAGUAUCUCAAAUUCGAUCUGCUGCAUACACCCAACAGAAGCCACCUUCAGUAGAUACAGAAGCUACCAUGAAAAUCAAGAGAAUCAGGGAUUCUACCGGCAGCGGGAGCAAACACCCGGUCUACCGGGGCGUCAGGAUGCGCAACUGGGGCAAAUGGGUAUCUGAAAUCCGCGAGCCCCGCAAGAAAUCGCGCAUAUGGCUCGGAACUUUUCCCACACCCGAAAUGGCGGCCAGAGCUCACGAUGUGGCGGCGUUAAGCAUUAAAGGAACCUCCGCCAUACUCAACUUUCCUGAACUCGCCGGUGCAUUUCCUCGGCCGGUUUCCCGUAGCCCGCGAGAUGUUCAGGUGGCUGCAGCCAAAGCAGCUGCAAUGAAGAAGUUUGAUUUAUUCACAUCCCCUUCAUCUUCAUCAAGGACUUCAUCAUCUUCUUCUGAGUUGUCAUCUCUGGUUUCUGCUAUAGACCUUUCAACUACAUCAGAAGAGUUGAGUGAGAUUAUAGAAUUACCGAGUCUGGGAUCGUGUUUUGACUCGCUAGAACUGAGGAAUGAUUUUGUGUAUGUGGAUAACUCGGUGGUGGACGGGUGGCUGGACCCUCCUGCGCCGUGGUUGAGCGGUGGUGAUGUUGAUGAUGGUGGUGGAAUUUCCAGCUUCAGCUUUGAAUCCUUGUCGUGGAAUUAUUAAUAGAGUUUGUAUUUAUGUUGUUUUAUGUCUGUGUGUAUAUGGGUAAUUAUUCCUUUUCAUUUUUCAUUGAAGGGCUAAACUUUUCUUCAUUA